UUGGCCUCUAGGAGGCAGGCCAGAGGAUUCUCUGUCCACAGUGUAAAUGGGCCACUGGCCCAUGUCCCGCAGGGAUGUAGAGGGCAGCCUCAGGGGCACUGGGCGCUCCCGGCACCAUGGAUGAUGCUGCCGUCCUCAAGCGACGAGGCUACAUCAUGGGGAUCAAUUUGGGAGAGGGCUCGUAUGCGAAAGUCAAAUCUGCUUACUCUGAGCGCCUGAAGUUCAACGUGGCGGUCAAGAUCAUCGACCGCAAGAAAGCCCCCACAGACUUCCUGGAGAAAUUCCUUCCCCGGGAAAUUGAGAUUCUGGCCAUGGUAAACCACCGCUCAAUCAUCAAGACCUACGAGAUCUUUGAGACCUCCGAUGGCAAGGUCUACAUCGUCAUGGAGCUCGGGGUCCAGGGCGACCUCCUUGAGUUCAUCAAGACCCGGGGGGCCCUGCAGGAAGACGAUGCACGCAAGAAAUUCCACCAGCUGUCCUCAGCCAUCAAGUACUGCCACGACCUGGACGUUGUCCACCGAGACCUCAAGUGUGAGAACCUUCUCCUCGACAAAGACUUCAACAUCAAGCUGUCCGACUUCGGCUUCUCCAAGCACUGCCUGCGGGAUGACAGCGGCCGACUGACACUGAGCAAGACCUUCUGUGGGUCGGCGGCGUACGCAGCCCCUGAGGUGCUUCAAGGCAUCCCCUACCAGCCCAAGGUGUAUGACAUCUGGAGCCUAGGCGUGAUUCUCUACAUCAUGGUCUGUGGCUCCAUGCCGUAUGACGACUCCAACAUCAAGAAGAUGCUGCGCAUCCAGAAGGAACAUCGCGUCAGCUUCCCGCGCUCUAAGCACCUGACGGGCGAGUGCAAGGACCUCAUCUACCGCAUGCUGCAGCCAGACGUCAACCGGCGGCUGCACAUCGAUGAGAUCCUCAGCCACUGCUGGGUGCAGCCCAAGGCCCGGAGCCUGUCCUCUGCAGCCAUCAACAAGGAGGGGGAGAGCUCUCAGGCCCCUGAGCCCCCGAGGACUCCUGAGCCCAGCUCCAACAAGAAGUCUGCCACCAAGCUGGAGCCCCCAGAAGAGGCCCGGCCCAAGGCCUGGGCGGAGACAAGACCCGAGGAGGAGGCACUGGCAGUGCAGGUAUUGAGGCAGUCAGAGGCCAUAAGCCUCACCAGCGAGCAGCCCAGCAAGGAGAUCGAGGAAGGGGCCCCCCGCAGCCUUCAGAGACACAUACCUAGUCAGCUCUCGCGGCCCAGGGGGCCGGCAGAAAAUGAGGCAGAGUUCAUGGGCUCAAGCCUGAGCUCCAAAGAAGCCAAGGGACAAGCCAAGAAGGAAGACAGUCCCAGAUGAGCCGCUAUUUUCGUCAGUUUCUUCCCCCUCCCUUUGACCUUGGUAACUCAUGUGGCUAAAGAAGCAAUAAAUCACUAUAUUACU